GCCAAAGGAAGGGGAAAAAGAGACGGAAGGAGAGAGAAAAAAGAGUGGAAGAGCUGGAAGAGAAGAGAAAAUCGCGUGCUAGUUCCUUACAUUCCUCUAGCUUCUUUUAAAGAAAAAAAAACUGAACUGAAAGAAGUUUGAUUUUUGUUUGGGUUCGACCCCCCCUCCCCCCGCCGGUCCGCGCUUGCUUGCUUCUUCCUUUCUCUGCACUAUUGUUAUUUGCGAGCGGGGUCUUUUGAAUUCUUUCCCUCCGCCCUUUUGCAAGCCUCCGAAAAGUGCCGUCCGAGAGGCAAGAGACAGAGAGAGAGAGAGAGAGAAAGGGGGGGAGACGAAGGGGUGUUCCCCCCCUUCUCCCCUGAGCGCGCGCGCUGAUGUCUUUUUUAUUCUUCUUCUCUCGUUUUUGCAGCUUCUAGGUUCCUUCUCCCGCUCUUGCCCUUACCCCUCACCCACCUUUUAUUUUUAUUUUUCGGCUGGCGUGUGUGUGCGUGCGUCUCUCUCUCUCUCUCUCUUUCUGUGUGUGUGUGUGUGUGUGUGUGUGUGUCUGUGUUUUGGUUCGCGGAUGCUGGAGGGGGAGUUCCUGAUGUGGUCGCUUUGGCGGUGAUCGUCGCGCGGACUUUUGCAAGAGAAGGCGAGGCACAGAGAGCCAGCCAGCCAGCGAGCGAGCGGCGCGUUGGAUCGGCGGCGGCGGCGGCUCUUCUUCUUCUCCUCCUCCUCCUCCUCCUUGGCCGGCUUGCGCAGCACUUGGUGGGCCGCUCGGGCUUCUCGGCGCCUGUCCCUCUUCCUUCGCUCGGGCUCGCUCCCUCCGGCUCGGCGGCAGCGGCGGCCGCGGACCAGGGGAAGAUGCUCCUCGACGCCGGACCGCAGUACCCGGCCAUCGGCGUGACGACCUUCGGCUCGUCGCGGCACCACAGCGCGGGCGACGUGGCGGAGCGGGACGUGGGCUUCCCGGGCCUCCACGAGCAAGCGGCGGGCCACGCCUCGCCCAACGUGGUCAACGGGCAGAUGCGCCUGGGCUUCUCGGGAGACAUGUACGGGCGGCCCGAGCAGUACGGCCAGGUGACCAGCCCGCGCUCCGAGCACUACGCCUCGCCCCAGCUGCACGGCUACGGCCACAUGAAUAUGAACAUGGCAGCCCACCACGGGGCGGGGGCCUUCUUCCGCUACAUGCGGCAGCCCAUCAAGCAGGAGCUCAUCUGCAAGUGGAUCGAGCCCGAGCAGUUGGCGAACCCCAAAAAGUCCUGCAACAAAACUUUCAGCACCAUGCACGAGCUGGUGACUCACGUCACGGUGGAGCACGUCGGCGGGCCCGAGCAGUCCAACCACAUCUGCUUCUGGGAAGAGUGUCCCCGGGAAGGGAAGCCGUUCAAGGCCAAAUAUAAACUGGUCAACCACAUCCGCGUCCACACGGGCGAGAAGCCUUUCCCUUGCCCUUUCCCGGGAUGCGGGAAAGUCUUCGCUCGCUCGGAAAAUCUCAAAAUCCACAAAAGGACGCACACAGGUGAAAAACCCUUUAAGUGUGAAUUCGAAGGCUGUGACAGGCGCUUCGCCAACAGCAGCGACCGCAAAAAGCAUAUGCAUGUCCACACUUCAGACAAACCUUAUCUCUGCAAAAUGUGCGAUAAGUCCUACACGCACCCGAGCUCCCUCCGAAAACACAUGAAGGUCCACGAAUCCUCCUCUCAGGGGUCCCAGCCUUCUCCCGCUGCCAGUUCGGGCUAUGAAUCUUCAACCCCCCCAACCAUCGUGUCUCCAUCCACAGAAAACCAGACCACCAGCUCCUUAUCCCCUUCGUCCUCAGCAGUUCAUCACACGUCCAGCCACAGCACCCUCACGUCAAAUUUUAACGAAUGGUACGUGUAAACAAAUGAACAAACACAAAUCCAACCUAUUUAAAAGACUGCAAAAAUGAAUGAACACUUUUAAAUCAGAUUUUUUGUGUGUGUGUGUGUUUUGUUUGGAUUUUUUAAAAUGCUGCCCAUAGCCCCAGGACCGAAUCAAAUCAAGAAUUCUGUUUCCUUCCCUUUCUCUCUUCUCUCUCUCUCUGUCUCUCUCCCCCUCUCUCCAAUUUCUGUUUUGCUUUGGUUUUGUCAUGUUUUGGGGCAAAGCCUGGGGAAGCAGAGGGGUUUUUUAUAGUGUGCGUGAGAAGAGCAGGGUUACCAGGCCAUCUUGUCAACGUGCAGGGCUUUUAAAUGGAACCACUGACUGGAGUUCUCCAACUGCAUGGCUUUUUGGGCAGCGGGCCUUGUUGUUUUCUGUAAAUACAGAAAUAUUAGCUUACAAUGUACUGUUUGAUCUUGUAAAUAGUUAUACCACAAGUUGAAUAAGGGGAUAUGUGGAAUUGUGGUCUUUGAAUAUACGUGAGGGAGGGGAACAGGGGGUGGGGCGGGGGGAACAGGGAGGAGGUUGAAAGGGGGGGGAAGGAGGGAGGAGGUAGCAAAUCAACUAUUUGUACUGAAUGGCAAGGAUGUUCUAGUAAAUGUGUACCAAAAUGUGAAUUACUUUGUAUUAUUACAGUCUAAACGUCGACCUAACAGAAUAUUAUUGGUAUUAAUGUGCUUUUUAUUUUGUAUAAAGUGCAAACAUUUUGUCCCAAAGUCCAGUCUAAGUAGUGCAGUAAAAUGUUGUUACACGUCCUGUCAAGAAAAUUCGUAUAGUGCAAGCCUGGAUCUGAGUGUCAAACUGUUACAUUUGUUUAUGUAAAGUGAUAUUAAAAAAAAAAAACUCCCUAUAAACUAUAAUCUGUCCAUUGCUUUUGGUAAAUACAACUACAUACUGUAUAUAUUUCCUAAUUUCCAUAUUUAUCCGCAUGUAAAGGUCCGGUUAUACAUGUUACAGAUAUUCAAUAUUUAUGGCUAGAAGAACUGGUAUGUACAAUUUAGUUUACAGAACUGUUUGGUAACAUUUCGUACAUUAUUAAAGAUUCUGAAAUCCCAUUAUCUGUAGCAGGAAUCCUUAUUGACUCAGCCAAGCGCUGCAAGUUACGUAUCUAGCUUUAGGAGAGUAAACUCCGGUCAGAACAAGGACCCUCCCCUCCCCCAUUCCUUGUCGCCACUAUACUCUCAUUAUGUCGUCACUAAAGCUGUAAUGUUGAAAUAAACACAAUAAGUGCUCUUACCCCUGCGGGCUGUAGGGUAAUAUAAAUUUUGUAUUUAUAUAAAAAACAUAUGAAACAAAAAGUUUUGGGUGGUGAUAUAAUUUAAAUGACCAGUGCAGAAAUAGAAUAGUGCCAAUAGCAACAGUGACAAUAAAAUUAAAAUAGAACAUCAAUAGAU